CGCCCGCGCGGAGGGGCGUGGCCGGCGCCGGUUCUUGCGGCCGAGCUCGGCUGCGGCGUGGGAAAGAGCCGCGAGGAGCCGACCGCGCCGCCGCGGGAGCCGCGCCUGCCCGGGCCCAGAGAGGGAGGGAGGAAGGGAGGAGGCAGGCAGGGAGGGCGCUGCGCCCCGCUCGGCGUCGGUGGCUCGGGCUGGGCUGUGCCCAGCGCCGUCUUCGCCGCGAUGAAGCGCCCUUGCGAGGAGACGACCUCCGAGAGCGACAUGGACGAGACCAUCGACGUGGGGAGCGAGAACAAUUACUCGGGGCAAAGUACUAGCUCUGUGAUUAGAUCGAAUUCCCCAACAACAACAUCUCAGAUUAUGGCAAGAAAGAAAAGGAGAGGGAUAAUAGAGAAAAGGCGUCGAGAUCGGAUAAAUAACAGUUUAUCGGAGUUGAGACGACUGGUGCCAACUGCUUUUGAGAAACAAGGAUCUGCAAAGUUAGAGAAAGCCGAAAUACUGCAAAUGACAGUAGAUCAUUUAAAGAUGCUUCAGGCAACUGGGGGUAAAGGCUACUUUGACGCACAUGCUCUUGCCAUGGACUUCAUGAGCAUUGGAUUCCGGGAGUGCUUAACGGAGGUGGCCAGGUAUCUGAGCUCCGUGGAGGGCCUGGACUCCUCGGAUCCCCUGCGGGUACGACUGGUCUCUCAUCUCAGCACGUGCGCCUCGCAGCGGGAGGCGGCGGCCAUGACGUCCUCACUGGCCCACCACCAUCACCCCCUGCACCCGCACCACUGGGCGGCGGCCUUCCACCAUCUCCCCGCUGCCCUGCUCCAACCCAACGGACUCCACGCCUCCGAGUCAACGCCUUGUCGCCUCUCCACGGCUUCAGAAGUGCCUCCUGCCCACGGCUCCGCCCUGCUCACGGCCACGUUUGCCCACGCCGAUUCUGCCCUUCGGAUGCCGUCAACGGGCAGCGUUGCCCCCUGCGUGCCACCUCUGUCCACCUCUCUCUUGUCCCUCUCGGCCACUGUCCACGCAGCCGCUGCAGCAGCCACCGCAGCCGCGCACAGCUUCCCUCUGUCCUUCGCGGGGGCCUUCCCCAUGCUCCCCCCGAACGCAGCUGCAGCAGUGGCAGCCGCCACCGCCAUCAGCCCGCCCCUAACGGUGUCAGCCACCUCCAGCCCUCAGCAGACAAGCGGCGGAACAAACAGUAAACCUUACCGACCCUGGGGGACAGAAGUGGGAGCUUUUUAAGUUUGCAUUGAACUUUUUGCAAUAGUAACUGAAUGUCCUUCAUUUCAGAGUCAGCUUAAACCUCUGCACCCUGAAAGUAGCCAUACAGAUGUCUACAGAUCCACAAAGGAACAAUAAAGCUAUUUGAGACACAAACCUCACAAGUGGAAAUGUGGUAUUAUCUUUUCUCUCUUGUUUUGUUUAAGGCAGCUUGGUAACUGACAUCAGCAACUUUUGAAAACUUCACACUUGUUUUCAUUUAGAAGUUUCCUGGGAAAUAUAUGGACUGUACCAUCCAGGAGUGCAUCAGUAUGUCUGAAUUGGGGAAGAAAAAAAAAAAAAAACCAAAACCCUGACUGGAUUCUCUUGAAACUAGAUGGAAAAAAAAUAUUUGUGUUUCAUAAGUGCCUGAGCUAGUAAAGUUUUCUUGUGAACAGAUUAACAUUGCACAAGUAAAGAAGAUCAUAGAGGUUAGGUUAAGACAGGAAAGGGACAGAAGUCUUGCAUUAGGCUGCAGACAUUUUAAUAAAAUGCCAGCGAAGAGUACUCUGUUGAAACCAAGAGGUUUUGUUGGCCAAAAGGAUUGCUGAAAAUAAUUUUCAAGUUGAAAGACCUAGUUUUAUCUUAGUUUUCUUUCUUUGUACAGACUUGCCUGCCAAAUGGUGACAUUUAGCAAUGCAUUGGUAUAAGCAAUUAUUCCAUCAGUGCUCAGAUUAACAGCCAUUUCUGCCCUGCCUGCAAGCCCCCAGGCACUUUUUUUUUCCAUGGCUCAAAAUUUGGUGCUUCUUUAUGUAAAACCAUACAUAGAGUGCACCUAGAAGCACUUGCCUGCCAUGUGCCCCCCAGAAGCUAUUUGAUUCAUGCCAACUUGAAAACUCUCCAGUGUCUAAAAGUUUAGGUUAAUUUAUUGUUUCAUUUGGACUGUUUUUACGUAUUUAUCCUCUUCAUUUUGUCCUGAUAAUGUGUAAUACCUAUUCUUGUCGCCCUUUGGGAAAAGCUGCAUUUCUGGAGGUGACGAGACAGGGAGAGAGCAUUGGGAAGAGAAAAGCCACGAUUUUUAAAUGCUCUUUGUCAAGCUCAUGAUUGCAUUUGAUCCCAAAUCAAGAUGAAUGUAUGCAGUGGGAUGUACAUAAAUUAUUUUUUGUUCAUGCCUAGACUAGUGCUGCAUAACGGUGUUUUUUUUUUUAUUUUUAAUGACAAAAUAAUCUCUUAAUACAUUGAAAUUGAGCACGUGAGAUUUUAUGUUUGAAAGGUAAAAACACAGCAUGUAUUAUUACGCACUUCAUUUCUCUGCUGUGUGGAGAAAGCAAUAAACAUGAGAAUGUUAAACAUUAUACAAAAUUAUACUUUUAAAUAUUUGUUUUAAAAUUAUUGUACCUAGUCCUUUUUGCAUUACUUUGUAACCUUUUUCUAUGCAAAAGUCUAAAUAUCACUAAUUAAAUGAAGUCCUUUUUUUGACUAUUUCUAUGUGGAUGAGUUGCUUUGCAGAAUGGAAAGUUGACAUGAAUUUCAAGCAAGGCCUUCCUUCACUAACAAUUUAAGCCGUGGCUUUUCUUUUUCACUUUCAGAGUCAUUUAAUAUAAUUCACAGCUUGCCUGAAAAUAGUGUUUAUCUGAGCUUGUAUAUCAAUUCAGCAUAGGCGGGUUUGACAUUAUUUGGAGACAGGAAGUGAUCAGUUUUCUCUGCCUUUUAUUCUUAACCGUGGUUCUUAGAAAAGUGCAAAUACAAGAGCUCCAAAUAAUAGUACAUUGAACCUGGGAUAAUAAGCUAGAAUGUGUCAUACAUCUUGUAACUCAAAAACAUUUGUAGAGGGUUUUUAAAACAUCACCUGUAUAUGUGAUAAGCAUAUACAUGCUUCCUGAUGAGAAAUCCUCUGUACCUACCUCAAAGAAACUUUCUUUUGAUGCUAUAGAAAUUGUGCACAUAUCCCUCCUUCAAUAAAGCCUAGAAGAGAUUAUUUCAGUUCCUGAAGCUAUUGGGCCAAACGUAAGAAUUUUUAAAAAAAGAAUGUUUUUAUUCAUGUCAGUUAUGCUAUUAAGGGGAAAAGUGUGAGGUUUCUAACAUUAUUUUAGUUUUGAAAAAUUAAGUAUAUAGUUUUUCUAAUUUCUGUCUGUAUGUGGGUAAAAUAUGAGCAAAACCAGAUCACUUUGUUCCUCCUGUCUAUAAGUUCUGUGAUCAUUGCAUCUUCUAUUAGCUCUGAUGGAGUUAAGUAGCAAAUAAGGACAUGGACUUAGUAGUAUUUGAAGUUUGCUUUUGAGUCAUGAUUUGUGGACAAUAGGCAUAGAAGUAAUUCUUAUUUUAAGAUCUAGUAGCUGAUUCUGUGCCUGUUGUAAUGUCAGCAUUCAAAGAAUUUCUUUUCCUUUUUUGGAAUGUAAACCAUUUUAGAGAUCAGGAAUUUUUAUUUUUAAUUUGGAUUAAAUAGUUUAAGAUAAAUCCACUUUCUUCCUCCUUUCCUCCCUUUCUUGUCCUUUUUGGUUUUUCCUUACAUUUUUUUUCCUUCCCUGUUACAUAUGGGCUGUUAUUUUUCCAAUUAAUUGAUUAAAAUAUUUGCAAAACAACUUGCGACAUAGUUGCUAAGGGGUGUCAUAGUUCCUAAAGGUGAUCGUUGUCUAUAAUUUUGGUCAUUUGAAGUUAAUUGGUCCUUGAUAAGUGUUUCACAUCAUUAGCUAUUGACAUCACAUUUUGCUGUGUUAAAAAACAAAAUUCAACUAAGUAAAUUUAAAGAUCAAAUUGGCUUUAUUCAACCACUCAUGAAACGGGCAGAAUCCCAUCUAGCAGAUAGAAAGGAGCUCCAAGAAGGUAUACAAAAUGAAAGGCUUUUAUAGGCAGAAGGGGGCUGCAAAAGGAAGUUUCUAACAAAGAGUGAAUUGUUUCGGGCAAGGUCACCUUCCUUUGGGGAAAGGGUGGCGGUCUGUCAUGCAGAUGGCCUCACUGGUACUGAUUGGUUAAUUCCAGAUUGACUGGUUAAAGGUCACUGCAGUUUGGUUAGAUAUUAAGUCUUGGUUGCCUAUGUGGGUCUUGCACAAGUGACUCCAUUUUGAGCCUGAUGUUUCUUUUUAACAACUGUUUCCCAUCUCUGAUACAAUGUUCUGUGAAAGUGGUGUUCUGCCUUUAAGUGUGGUAGCUUUCAUGUUUGCUCCCAAAACAGAAAAAAAAAAAAAAAAAAAAUUUUUAUGGUCCAGGAGGAAAAUAACUUUUAAAGUUUGAUUUAUUAGUGGCUUUUAAUUAUGUAAAAGUUAAUCCCAAAAUUAAUUCAAGGGAUUUUUCAUAGGAUAAAAGGAAAAUGGUGACAUUAUUAGAAAUCUGGUUUUCCCCAAAUGUUAAAAGCUGUAUGUAUGCCCAAUGUCAGAAAACGAUUAAAGAAAACAAUUUAAGUGAUACAAACUUUAUUUAACACUUCAUGAGGCAGUCUCCUUUUGGAGAACUGCAAAAUGGGGCAAAAGGAAGAUUUUAUAGAAUAAAGAAUAAAGAACAGGGAAGAGAAAAAUGGAAAAUAUCUGGUUGGCAGGGUUACAUAAUCAACCUUGUUUAGGGUGAGAAGGCCCAGAGUCGGCUUG